UAAAAACAGCUGACGUCUGUCACAUUAAUGUCAAAAGCAUUUAUGUAGUAUUAUUUGUUUAAUAUAGAGUUUUAAUUGUAAAUUUUUUUUUUAAAUUUUCAAACGCGGAAAAAUGGGAAGUACGGCAAAAGCGAUAGUAACAGGUUUCAUUUGUAGGUUGUGUUCAGAACAAAAAAAAGUAGUAAUUCAUCUUUAUAGCGAAAGGGCUAGAAAAUUAGAUCUCCUCAAGAAAAUUAGACUACUGCCUAUUUCACUUAAAAAAUAUGAUAAUUUACCAAAAACGAUAUGCGAAGAGUGUGUAAUAAGGUUAGAAGAACAAUAUAAAUUGUUUAAAAAAAUUAAAAGAAGUCAAGCAAUACACCGAAGUCAUCAAAUGUAUCAUAGUAAUGGUAGAUGCCCUGUUGAAUGUCCCUUACAUGGUUUAGCUGAUCCUUCAUGGUCUGAAAUUACGUUAGAUGAAGCUACUAAUUCAUAAUACUCCUAUGAUUCACUCUGUAAAUAUUUUUAGGCUUUCAAUUUUUGUACAUUAACUUUGUCUAGAUGGUAAGUUUUCGAUCAGCUUCAAAAUUUAUGUAUGAGGAAAGAUGAAAAUGAAUACAAAUAAAAUUUCAAUUCAACUACAUUCUUUUUGGCUUCAUCAUUGUCCUUUAUACCAACAGUUUUCGAAAAUAAGAUUUCUUAAAUUGGAAAACCAAAAAAAAUUGAAAAGUUUUGAGGAAAAAAAGGAGAAAAAAUGAAAAUUUAUGAGAAGAAAACCAAAAAAUUGGAAAAUUUUGAGAGGGAAACCAAAAUAUUUGGAAAUUUUUGGGGGAAAAAUUGGAAAGUUUUGAGAUUAAAACGAAAUAAAAUGCAAAAUUCUGAGGGAAAAAGGACAAAAUUUGGAGAGUUUUGAAGAAAUAUGAACACAAUAAGUUUUGGGGAAAAAACAAGAAAAAAUUUGGAAAGUUUUGAGACAUCACUGUGUCAAUUUUUUUAAAUGGAAAACUUUUGUCAGAAAAAUCAUAUAAAGAGGUUUUAAUGGAUAGGAUGCUACCAAAAUGGGAAAACUGGAAUAAGAAUAAUAAAGGAAUAAGAGAAAUAGGUAUUUAUGGAUAAAGUAAAACAAGCUACUUGCUUUUUGGAAGUUUUGUAAUAAAAAAAUAUUGGCACGUUUAUACAAAGCGAAUACAAAAAUCAACGUUUUGUGCUACACAUUUUCAGUUUCUAGAAAUAGAGAAAAUAUUUACAAAAUUUCAAUUAUAUUGUCAAAAAUUCAUGUCUCAGCUGCUGAAAUUAAAAUAUAGCAUUCAACGUUCGAACUUAUUUAUUUUGACCAUAACCUAUAUCAUCAGUCCAGUCAAAAUUCAACUUAAUAAUUCACAAAAUUUUAAGCGUCAUGGUUGGGAUAAACAAAAAAUAUUUUUUCUAAAUUCUAUCAUUUUUAUAAUCAUAUCAAAAAAUAUUUCCGGUAGUCAAAAACCUGGGAAACAUCAUAGAAUAUACGAAAAACGAAAAAAAAAAUAUAUGCAUACAAAAAAUUCUUAAACUAGUAACAUAAAACAAUUUUUAUUAACUGUAGAUUGAAAUUUAUGAUAAGCAAACUGUUUACCGACACUCGUAAUUGAGACUGUGAGUCCGUGGGGCGUCAUAAAGAAAACGAGAAAAUCCCUUCGCUUGUAAACAUCCUCUUUCAGGUCAAUCCGAUUCUUAAUGUUUGUUCAUAUAACAAAGGAUUUAAUUUCGUUACAAAUCUACUUCGUAGUUGGAUUAUUCACCUUUGUUGUUAUUCAUACUGAACACACUACACCAACACUAACAAUUAUACUGUCUGAUACGCGUUUUGAUAACCAAGUUAUCGUCUUCAGAGUCUGUAGGUUUUAAACUAAAUUUUCCCACCAAUAAACCUUUAUUGUAAUUCUAAUCAUACGCACCAACUUCUUUGGGGCACUAAACUCCACCAGGUCUCUGAGGAUACUGUCGUACGCCUGGUGUAAAUCAAUGAAGAUGUAGUGAAGAUCGACAUUAUACUAACAGUGGAACCGUUACGGCGAAAACUUCACUGAUACUCACCUACUUUUUUCUAUUAAAUUACUGUAGUUAAGUUAAUAAUAUAUCAGUGAUUUUUAUGAUACAUGAAUGCUAAUGAGAGAUUUAUGUGUGAUUCUGAUCAACAAAAUGCUUAAUCCGAUCUUUUGUUGGUAUCUAGAGGUAAGAAUUCCAUCCUAUAUAAAAAUGAAGGAGGACCCAAGUCAUGAUUACAGAAGUAAUACGUCCUCAACUACUUUUAGUAAUAGAAAAUCUUCGUGGCCACUAUUCAUCGGGUGAAUACAUAUCACACGAUAUCAUAUUUUAGCACUCUCUGUAUGGUCCUUUUCGCAUUCUAGUUGAUGUUUUCCAGCUCCAUCGACAGGAGUCUGGGGAUAAAAAUGCAAAUUGUACUAGUCAUCGAAAGUUUUUCCCAAAUAUGAAAUAUGAUCUUUGCCUAUGAGUAUAACCGAUACAAUUUUAUCUAAAUCUGAUGAAAUAUAUCUUCUAUGGUCACCUUCUCUUCUACAGUAAUGAAGGGAAAUUCUCUAUGAAUAAUUUAUUUGGUGUCUGAAGUCUUGUUACGUGACGGGUGUUUUCUUCAUUUGUGGAUGGUGGUGUCUAAUGUUCUAGCAUUUCACAUUUUUGAAAAGUGAAAAUAAUCCACAUAUAAUUAUUAACCAACCAGUUGGAUUAUGUGUAUAUUGAAUUUUUGUGGGUUUAGCCUGAUAUUGUACUCAUAACCUCAAUUACACUAGUACUUUGAUCUUGCUAGUUCAUAUCCCGUUCAAAGGAUCAGAUAAACAGUGGAUUCAGGACUAAUCCUAUGUGAUGUUUUAAAAUGUCUAUUUUAUUCUUAAUCUUUAAAACUUGAUCCGAAUAUAAAAUAUUACUUGAGACGCAAACUUUUGUGAAGAGAUUCUAAAAGUAAAGAAUAAAUGAAAUAAAUCAAUUCUGCCAGUACAAACAUACACUGUGAAAAAAUAAAAACAUGCAUUGAAGACAUGAAAAUAAAUUUGAAACAGUAGCUAGGAAAAUUUAAUGUUUUUAGUGAGAUAAAAAUUAGGUUAGUUAUAUGAAAUUUGCACAAAUACCAUUCUAUUAACAAUUUUGUUUCAAAUAUCAAAUUGGCGGAAAGAAAAAAAGCAGGAUUAGAUGUUUCUAGACACUUCACAAUGUGAAUGAUGAUAAAUUACACCGAAGACUUCAAAAUCACAAGUAAAAACUAUUUAAACAAAUUUUUUCAGGUUCCAGGUAGACACAAAUUGUCCACUGUGAAUAAACAUAUAAAAAGUGACAAAUAAAGAACAAAAUUAACUUAUGAUUUUGUUGUUUCUUUUAUAUAAAACACAUUAAAUUGUAUAAUAUCAAUUUGAUAACUAAAAUUUUUUAAAAACCUACGGUAAC